AUGUCAGCUGUCAAUGACACCAAAUUCACACCUGCAGUGUUCCUUCUGACUGGGAUACCUGGGCAGGAAGACGUCCAUCUCUGGGUCUCUGUCCUCUUCUGUUUCAUGUAUGAAAUUACGAUAGUAGGAAAUUCAGUCAUUCUGUUCAUUAUAAAAACAGAUCCAAUCCUCCAUGAGCCCAUGUACAUUUUCCUUUCCAUGUUGGCCGUCACAGACCUUGGCUUAUUGAUAGCCAGCAUGCCGACGAUACCGGGCCUAUUCUUAUUUAACUCUAGAGAGAUCAGCCUUGAUGCUUGUUUUGCCCAGAUGUUCUUCAUCCACUCUCUGCAAUUCAUUGAAUCCUCUGUGCUCUUGUUGAUGGCAUUUGUCCGCUUCAUCGCAAUCUGUAACCCGCUGAGAUAUGCCUCCAUCUUAACCCUGCCGAGAAUAGCCAAGAUGGGACUGGUGUUUAUGCUAAGAGCAGUGGCAGUAAUAUUUCCACUCCCCUUUCUUCUGAAACGGUUCCGAUUCUUUCGAGCCAAUGUCCUCUCCCAUUCCUACUGCCUGCACCAGGACAUCAUGAAGCUGGUUUGUUUGGAUAUCACAGUCAACAACAUCUAUGGCUUGUUUAUUACAGUCAUAACGGUGGGGUUGGACUCGCUGCUCAUUUUCCUCUCUUAUGUGAUGAUCCUCAAAGCAGUGCUGAGCAUCACGUCCCCCACAAAAUGCCUUAGGGCCCUGAACACCUGCGUCUCCCACCUCUGCGCCGUCCUGCUCUUCUACAUGCCAGAGUUCAGCCUGACUGUCAUACACAGAUUCUGGAAGAGCUCUUCUCCCUUGCUUCAAAUUAUCCUGGGCUACAUCUACCUGCUGGUUCCUCCUUUAAUGAAUCCAAUUGUGUACAGCAUGAAAAGCAACCAUCUUUGUGCGAGGAUAAUCAGGGUAUUUGUCAAGUAAAGAGUCAGUUCAUCAUCCGGCUCCAGAGCUGGUGACACAGGUCAUGGCCACCUAUUCCAUCUUGGACCCUUAUAUAUGAGGAAACAAGAGCUACUGAUCUCCACUCUGUAGAGAGAGGCUCAUACAGGGUCUAAGACCUGAAGCUUAGGGGGGCCAUCCCCACCCGCAGUUGAGGGAGGACAGCAAUCCGGAG